AUGGCAGCGGCCAAAAGAUCGGCUCCUGAGCCAGCAACUAGCUCACGCCGUCGCUCGGGACGCCUAUCGAGCACGCCCAAGAAAAGCAAUUACUUCGAAGAUCACACAGAUACGGAGAAAGAUGAGGCGGAACUUGAACGGCCGAGGAAGCACGAGAACGACAAUUCGGCAGAGGAUGGAGAGGCCUCUGAGGAAGAAUACAAAGAGACAGACGGCGGUGACGCGGAGCAGGAAGAUGAAGAUGACGAUAAUGAGGUCGACGAGGAUGCGCCCAUGAAAGUGACAAUCAUCCCACUCGAGCAGCUCCGCGACGAGGGAGGUGUCGCAUACGAUGAUCAAAGGGUCCACAAGAACACAUGCCACUUUCUCUCGGAUCUCAAAGCGAACAACAAGCGAGCUUGGUUAAAAUCACACGACGGCGAAUAUCGGCGCGCACUGAAAGACUGGAACACCUUUGUCGAGGCCACCACCAUGACCGUCAUUGAAAUUGACGAGACGAUCCCAGAGCUGCCCGUCAAGGACGUCAGCUUCCGCAUCCACCGCGACAUCCGCUUCAGCAAGGACCCGACGCCCUACAAGCCACACUUCUCCGCGGCAUGGUCGCGCACGGGCCGCAAGGGGCCGUACGCGUGCUACUACAUCCAUCUCGAGCCGAAGCAUAGCUUCAUCGGGGGCGGUCUGUGGUGUCCGGAGAAGGACAGUCUCGCACGACUCAGGCGAAGCAUCGAUGCGAGACCGGCUCAGUGGCGGCGCGUGCUGGAGAAUCCGACCUUUAAGAACGUUUUCUUCCCCAAGGUCAAGGCAGGCAAGGGCAAGGAAGAUGCCCUGGUAGAUGCGUUCUUUGAGAAGAACAAGGAGUAUGCCCUCAAGAAGAGGCCACAGGGUUACGAGAUCACACAUCGCGACAUCAAGCUCCUCCGGCUGAAGAGCUUCACAGUGGGCAAGAAGAUUGACGAGUCCAUGCUCUUGGCAGACAAUGCGCAGGAACAGAUUGGGGACGUGAUCAGAGGCCUCGCCCCCUUUGUUGAGUUUUUGAAUACCAUUGUCAUGCCAGACCCUGGCGCCGACAGUAGCGGUAGCGACGAAGAUGGCGACCAGGAGGAGGAGGGGGAGGAGGAGGACGAACAAUGA